AAAAACUCAAAUUUCUGAAAAUUCGAAUCUGAACCCUUCCAUUUUCAUUUUUAUAUGAAAUUUCUGAAAUCUCCCUCCUUCUGAAAUCUCUCUCUCUCUCUCUCUCUCUCUCUCUCUCAGUUCGAUUGAAGAACGAUUCGCUCUGGUUUUCCCGAUUUUCUCUCGUUUUACAGAAUCUGCGAGUCUCUUACAGAAAUUAGGGUUUGAAAAUGCUUUCUUGAAGAAAUUCUAGUUUUUUCCUUCUUCUUCUGAGGUGAGAAUCUGGAAAUUCGAUCUCGUCUUCCUAAAUUUUCAACGAUUUUCUGAUUUUUCUUGAAGAAUUUCCGCGUCUCCACGGUGUUCGCCUGCCGAAAUAUCUGCAAAUUUCCUGGAUUUUCUUUUCCUUCUCUUUGCUUGAAGUUUAGAUUCUUAAUGACAAUUUCCUCAAAUAAUUCGUCAAAAAUGUGUUUUUUUAAGAGUAAUUUAUCAGCAGCAUCGGAUUUUGGUUCUCCUUUUUGAAGAUUUCGCACUUUCUUUGAUUGGUUUUGAUGAAUACGUUUUGGGAAUUUCGUUGCAAAGAUUGAUAUUUUAGAACGAAAUUUUGAGAAGAAGAGAAGCAUGGCUGGGGGUAAAGUGGAGGUGAUUGAUAGUAAAGGCUGCUCAAGGUUUUUAGUUGGGAUUUCUUCUUCUUUUCCUUCUUUGGGAAGCUCACAUUCCUUCGAGCCAAUGUCACCAGCUUCUUCGGCUGUGUCAGAUCAUACCGUCCGAGGCAGUGGGCCGUUCUCCGGUCUGGUCAUAUGCGUUACAGGAUUGUCUAAAGAGGCAAGAAAGCAAGUAAUGGCUGCUACAGAAAGAUUAGGUGGUCAAUACAGUCCUGUUUUGCAUCCACAAUGUACUCAUCUAGUGGUCCAGAGCUUUGGCGGACGUAAGUUAGAACAUGCUCUGAAGCAUGGAUCGAAGAAUGGCCUCUAUGUUGUGACCUUGGGCUGGUUUGUAGAUAGUGUAAGGAGGAAUGUUAGGUUAAGUGAAUCACUUUACAAUGCGAAAAGUGUUGGGGAAAAUGGUUUGCCAGUUGGGGAAUGGAAUCAGCUCGUUGGGUUUGCGGCCAAUGAAAAUUCCUGUCUUCCCUCUAUGUUUCGUGAAGAUAACAAAGCACCCACCAUGACUUGGCAACCACAUCUACAGCAUUCUGGAAAAGAAUCUAGCGGGAAUAAGGGGCCUGUUCUUGCCAGUUACUGCAUAUACAUCGAUUCAAAUGUUUCGACUGAGAUGCAGAAGAAGGUUACUGAUGCAGCAGCUGGAGAAGGUGCAGCGAUUUUGGAUCACUGGUUCAUUGGUUGUAGGGCAAGUCAUGUAGUUUGUGAAGGUCCUUCUAUCCGGAGAUAUAUUGGCCACACUAACAAUCUUGUUACUCCACUAUGGAUCCUGAAAACAGUAAAGGAAAAACACAUGCAAAGGCUUGUUCACAUGUCUGUUGACCUAGCUAGGCAGGUCGGCGUGAUGCUUGAAAAUGCUCAAAAUUGUGUUUCAGACCAGGACAUGAAUAGGCAAGGUGGGGCACAAGAUGCUCUGAAUUCAAUGGAGCCCCUACCACACAGAAGAACUAAACAAAGCCUUGAAAAGAAGCAACAGAUUGUAGAUUUGGCAAAGAUGGGAGUUCGAACCCGCCGUGGCCGUCGUAUGCAAUCAUGUCAAACACCCAUCCGUCCAAUCACUCCAAGCAGCCUUUUGGAGUCUAUCUGCUGGUCGAUAUCCGAGCCGACCUCGACUGCUUGUAUAUACACAGACUCCUCUCUGAUUGAUGAUGUUGUGGAACAACAUACCUCCGAGUUCUUCGACGCUAGAGCGGAUGGAAGGGAUUCAGAAGCGCUGUUUGCCAAUUUCUCACGUCCUCUUAGAGAAAGCGAGAGAGGGGAGGUGAUCUUUAAGAACCACUUUCUUACAAUAUUGUUUCCAAUCGAUCGGUUUGGUGAAAUGGGACCAUCUUCGAGAACGUUCUUCGGUGACAGUGGUUUUACGUGUUUACAAGUAUUGGAUCACAUCUAUGCAUUUUACCAGGACAAUAUGUCAGCGGAUGAAAUAGACGCAGCCAUCGACACCGACUCCAGGCAUGCCGACUGCCUCCUGUUGAUCUAUGCCAGUAAAGAAUCGGUGGAAUGUGGAUUUGUGCCUUUCAAACGGAUAGAUUUCUUGGGCAGUCGAAGAAGCUUCGAGAUGCUGAAGCGUGUCAAUGGCGACAACAAUAGCAAUGUAUACGAACUGUUGAUCAGAGCAUGAGUUUGCCGGGGCCCACGAUUGUGGGGGUUCAAGAAGGGUUGAACACAUUGGCAUCUGCUUUCUCACAUACGCCAAACUUGCAUGUAUAAAGAUGGUUGAAUGAUAGAGAAGAAAGGCAA